AUGCAUUCGAAAAAGAAACUCUGUUUAAUCGCUUUUGUGUCUACGUGUUUGGAAAUUUUAGUGGCUCCGGAACCCAAUACGUCAUUGUUCAAACAAACGCCCAAUGCAUCUUAUAACGAAAAAACAGACUUAAGCAGUAUAGCUUCCAUUUUCUCUCCUCGUAUGGACUUUGAUCAAUGGAAACCAUUGACUGGCCGUGGAGAUCCCCUACGCAAUGAUCCUACUUACGAUUACGAGCCACCGGUUCUAGAAAGAGUCCAUUAUUGGGCUGAUGAUAGUCGAUCGGAACGUGAAAAAUAUCCGGAGAGAAAGUCCGAAGUGCUUGUGUUAGGAGUGUCUUCACGCAAACCCAGUGUCGCGUCAAGACCGCCCGUGCCUACGCCGUCCAGAAGACUGACGCGGCCACCAGGAUUUUCAAACAAAUACGAAGAUUAUACUUACAAAUUUGGUGAACAUUACCCAAUGACCAUACUUGUACCACCGCCACCACCUCCGGCUGGUCAAAAACCACCUCUAUUUAUACUCAAUGAUGACAAAUUUCCUCUACCAACAUUCCCUCCGAAGCCAGCUGAUUCAACUCAAAUCAUUAGAGAUACUACAACUACACCGGAACUUAUAACCUCCUACGCAUUCCAAGAAGCUAAUCUCAUUUAUCAAGAAUCUACAUUAAAACAGAAUUGGUUCAACAAUGUCAAUAAAACAACAAGCCUCCCCAAUAAUACUGUGAGCAGUGAUUAUGCUGGCUGGGGUCCAACUACACCAUUCGAUGAUGCCAAUGAUUCACACAACAUCAUAUCAUACAACGAUCACCAUAACAUAGAGUUUACAAAAGAACCGCUCGCAUACUACAAGCCAAUGUUUUCACAAGCUCCACCGUUACCAGAAACUACUGAAAAAACUAUUACAUCGCCAGCAUUUUUACCAACAGUACUUCCACCUCUAUCUACCAUCAGUGAUGUUAAUGAAGAUUGGCCAUCACAAGAAACGACGCAAGAAACAUCAACAGAAACUCAACAUUACUAUAAGGAAACAACGACGGAGAAACCUACAACACAAUCUUUUCAUCCCACUUCUGCUCCAAUAAAAUCCCAAUCAAGUAUCAUAGAUAUGUUGGGUUCGAUGAUAUCUAUGCCCAUGGUGACAGAUCCUGAUAGGCCAGAAGAUCAUUUGUAUGCACACGCAUCAAAUACCGUUCAAAUAUUUAAAGAACAUACGACUGAAGAGGCUGAUCUAGAAAAAAUGCAAACAAUGCAACCACCUCCACCAAUAAAGCAUACAGAAACCGUAACAGAGGCACCGAGGCAACCAUUCCACAUAAAACCGCAUGUCUUAAAUAAUUUUAUACAUGAAAAACCUACCGGUCAUACCAACGAUCCCUAUUUGCAUAUGCGUUUUACAACACCACCUCCAACCGUGACUGAAGCCCAAACUAUACCAACAUACUUAAUUAUACAAGGCCAUUCUAAAGUAAAAACCUACGGUUCAAAACCGAAACCAUUAAGUGGCGCUGGGAAUAACGAAAUACCAAAACCAAACGAAACCAACGAAGUGAAACACCUUCAUCCCAUUAAAGAUAAAUAUUCCAAGAAGACGGAAAAAAUCGAUCCAAGCAGGGAAAGUAGGGCGAUAAACUUAAAAUCACUCGUGGAUAAUGGUCUCGGUUCAAUUGAAAUCCAGGAAGCUGAUGUCGGCAUUAAAUACGAUGUAAGCGAUGGUAGUAAGGUGCCUAUAGAAAUAUAUAGAAAAGGAAUAGUUGAUAGUGAUGAAAACGAUUACUCGCAUAAACAUAAACUUUCAAUAAAUGAAAGAAACAAAAGACAUAUAAAUAUAGAAAACGUAUUGUCGAUAGAAGAUUCCUUAGAAGAUGACGUUUACGAUUUAUUUUCAAAUAAAAAAAAUGGCACCGACUUUGCAAAACUAAUUUCUGAAACGAUUUUAAGUGAUGACGAUGAUAAGAGCACUGAUGAUAGAUGA